CACACACAGUGUCAUAAUUAGCCCAGAUGAGAACUGGGAUGCGAUCUCAUCUAACUUUCCAAAACCAUCUCCCUGGCAUUCCUAUAACCUCCCCCUUCCACACUUCCAGAGGACUCACACCCAUGGAGCCAAGAAACCAAACCAGUGCAUCUCCAUUCAUCCUCCUGGGACUCUCAGAAAAGCCGGAGCAGGAGACGCUUCUCUUUUCUCUGUUCCUCUGCAUGUACCUAGCCACUGUCGUGGGGAACCUGCUCAUCAUCCUGGCCAUCAGCGUAGACUCUCACCUCCACACCCCCAUGUACUUCUUCCUGGCCAACCUGUCCCUGGUUGAUUUCUGUCUGGCCACCAACACCAUCCCCAAGAUGCUGGUGAGCCUUCAAACUGGGAGCAAGGCCAUCUCUUAUCCCUGCUGCCUGACCCAGAUGUACUUCUUCCAUUUCUUCGGCAUCGUGGACAGCGUCAUAAUCGCCGUGAUGGCUUAUGACCGGUUUGUGGCCAUCUGCCACCCGUUGCACUACGCCACGAUCAUGAGCCCACGCCUCUGUGGUCUGCUGGUCGGCGCCCCCUGGGCAUUUUCCUGCUUCAUCUCGCUCACCCACAUCCUCCUGAUGGCCCACCUCGUUUUCUGCGGCAGCCACGAGGUGCCUCACUACUUCUGCGACCUCACUCCCAUCCUCCGACUUUCGUGCACAGACACAUCAGUGAACAGGAUCUUCAUCCUCAUUGUGGCAGUGAUGGUGAUAGCCACACCCUUCAUCUGCAUCCUGGCCUCCUAUGCUCGCAUCCUUGUGGCCAUCAUGAAGGUCCCCUCUGCAGGCGGCAGGAAGAAAGCCUUCUCCACCUGCAGCUCCCACCUGUCUGUGGUUGCUCUCUUCUAUGGGACCUCCAUUGGCGUCUAUCUGUGUCCUUCCUCAGUCCGCACGGCUGUGAAGGAGAAAGCUUCUGCCGUGAUGUACACAGGAGUCACCCCCAUGCUGAACCCCUUCAUCUACAGCUUGAGGAACAGAGACCUGAAAGGGACUCUCAGGAAGCUGGUCAAUAGAAAGAUCACCUCAUCUUCCUGAGCGCCAGGACUCAGGAACUU